UGAAAGGAGCAACUCUAGGAUUUUACAACAAUCACAUCCACAGCAACAUCAGGAAGGAGAAAAAAUUGUGUGAGGCUUUAAAAUAGGCAAGAGAAACCAAACCAGGAGCCCACCCCUCAAAGUGUGUGGUUAAAGAGGCUUGUGCAGAAAUCUGAUGGAGCUGAAGGUAUAGAUCACCUAGGAUUUGGUGACAGGAGUGUGGGAUUGUGCUGAGAGAUUUGAUGAAUGUUUAGACCAUCAAGAGAGGCUACUUUGGUUUUGCCUGAAGCUUUUGUUCAUAUUUCUCCUCUUCCAAUCAAGAGUUGAUUUUUUUUUAAAGGCUGGGGUGAGAGAUCAGGAGUACAGUUCAGUACGAAGCCUAUCAGCUGGAAUUUCUUCCCCUGCCUUUUGUGAAGAAUCUAUAUUUGCACGCUGUUCUCAAUCUCCUCUUUCUAACCGUCAGGAGUUUUUAAAGUGAAAGAAAGUUGGUUGUGUGGGGGUGGGUGGGGGAAGUUGAAGGAAUCUAGCCUGGAAUUUGUUGGUGACAAUAGUUUGCAGGAUUACUUGGAAUUUAAGAAUAUAGGCAAGAGAGAGAGGCCGGUAACUUCUCUGUGUAAUGGUCUCCAGAAGAUUGGAUGUUUAAAAUUUAUCUCACCGGGAGUCACCAGAGCUGACGGCUGUACCGACUGUCUGAGCCUGUUUAAAACUUUAAACUGAUCAGAGGAAAGACUGAACUCCGGUUUUUUUUUCAGUCUUUGAACUCCCGUUCUCUCUCUCUCUCUCUCUCUCUCUCUCGCACUCUCGCUCUCUCUUCGCCCUCCCUUCCUCCCACCUAUUCCUUCUUUUCUUCAUCUUCUUUAAUGGCUAAAUUGAGAGACAGCUUGGCAGGGUUUGUCCUGCUGACUCUGUUAGUUUCUGGAGUUUACAUCCAUGCAUGCCCCAGCCGCUGUAUCUGUUCUGGAUCCAAUGUGGAUUGCCAUCAUUUGGGAUUAAAGGCUGUUCCGAGAGGAAUACCCAGGAACACCGAGAGACUUGAUCUGGAUAAGAACAACAUCACUCGCAUCUCCAAGACUGACUUUGUUGGACUAAAGAAUCUCAGAGUUCUGCACCUUGAGGAGAAUCAGAUCAGCAUCAUCGAAAGAGGGGCUUUCCAGGAUCUGAAGCAGUUAGAAAGACUACGACUCAACAAGAAUAAACUUCAGGUCCUUCCUGAACUGCUUUUCCAGGGCACCCCAAAGCUUUCCCGACUUGAUCUAAGUGAGAACCGGAUUCCAGCUCUUCCCAGGAAGGCUUUCCGUGGAAUUGUUGACAUCAAAAAUCUGCAGCUGGACAACAAUCACAUCAGUUGCAUUGAAGAUGGAACCUUCAGAGCCUUGCGUGACUUGGAGAUCCUAACCCUCAACAAUAACAACAUCAGUCUCAUCCCAUUGACCAGUUUUAACCACAUGCCAAAGCUGAGAACUUUACGGCUUCACUCCAACAAUUUGAUGUGCAACUGCCACCUGGCCUGGCUGUCUGACUGGCUCCGUCAACGACGUCCCAUCGGUCAAUAUGCCCAAUGCACGGGCCCCACUCAUCUGAGGGGCCUUUACAUUGCUGAUGUUCAGAAGAAGGAAUUUGUCUGCAGUGGUCCUCAGUCCUCUGAAGCUGUGUCAUGCAGUGCCCAUGCCUCAACAUGUCCACCAGCCUGUGUAUGCAGUAACAACAUUGUGGAUUGUCGUGGGAAAGGGCUGACCGAAAUCCCAGUCAACCUUCCGGAAAACAUUGUGGAGAUACGCCUGGAACAAAAUUUGAUCAAGACUGUGGGAGCUGGAGCAUUCACUCAAUACAAGAAGCUCAAGCGCAUAGACUUGAGUAAGAACCAGAUUUCAGAAAUUGCAGCCGAUGCAUUUCAAGGACUGCGAUCUCUGACCUCACUUGUCCUCUAUGGAAACAAGAUUACUGAACUCCCCAAGGGCCUCUUCGAUGGACUGAUAUCGAUCCAGCUGCUACUUCUAAAUGCCAACAAGAUUAACUGCUUGAGAGUGAAUACCUUCCAGGACUUGCAGAACCUCAAUCUCCUUUCACUGUAUGACAACAAGCUACAGACAAUUGCAAAAGGGCUGUUUACACCUCUUCGAUCCAUUCAGACGCUCCACUUGGCUCAGAACCCGUUUGUCUGUGAUUGCCACCUGAGGUGGCUGAGCGAAUAUCUCCACAACAACCCGAUUGAAACCAGCGGUGCCCGCUGCAGCAGCCCACGCCGUCUGGCCAACAAGCGCAUCAACCAGAUCAAGGGGAAGAAGUUCCGCUGCUCAGGCUCAGAGGACUACCGAGCUAAGCUAAGCAGUGACUGCUUCAUGGACCUGGUCUGUCCUGAGAAAUGCCGCUGUGAGGGCACCGUUGUCGACUGCUCCAAUCAGAAACUCUCCAGGAUCCCCAGUCACCUCCCGGAGUACACUACUGAACUGCGGUUGAAUGAUAAUGAAUUGACUGUCCUGGAGGCAACCGGCAUCUUCAGGAGACUCCCCAACCUCCGGAAAAUAAACCUGAGUAACAAUAAGAUCCAAGAUAUUCGAGAGGGAGCAUUUGAAGGGGCAUCAGGAGUACUGGAAUUGUUGCUGACUGGAAAUGAGCUGGAAGUGGUCCACAGCCGAAUGUUUUCUGGUCUCUCUGGGCUCAAGACACUGAUGCUGCGGAACAACAGGAUCAGCUGUGUUAAUAAUGACACGUUUACUGGCCUUACCUCAGUCCGCCUGCUGUCACUCUAUGACAACCGAGUCACCACCAUCACUCCUGGAGCAUUCAACACCCUUCAUUCUCUCUCAACCAUAAACCUACUGGCCAAUCCUUUCAACUGUAACUGUCACUUGGCCUGGUUGGGAAGGUGGCUUAGGAGGAGAAGGAUUGUCAGUGGAAACCCACGUUGUCAAAAGCCAUUCUUCCUGAAGGAGAUCCCAAUUCAGGAUGUGGCUGUUCAGGAUUUCACCUGUGAUGCAGACAACAAUGAGAGCAGCUGCCUGCCAGGUCUUCGAUGUCCAGAGCUCUGUAAUUGCGUUGACACCGUGGUGCAGUGCAGUAACAGAGGCUUCCGCACCUUCCCCAAAGGCAUUCCCAAGGAUGCAACUGAGAUAUACUUGGAGGGGAAUCAACUGACUACGUUCCCUAGUGAGCUGUCUAAUUUCAAGCAGUUAUCUCUCUUAGAUUUGAGCAACAACAGUAUCAGUGUGCUCAGUAAUUUCAGCUUCAGCAACAUGUCACACCUCUCAACACUGAUCUUGAGCUACAACCGGCUGAGGUGCAUUCCACUUCACGCUUUUGAUGGUUUGAAGUCCUUACGACUAUUGACUUUACAUGGUAAUGAUAUCUCCAGCAUACCUAAUGGGGCAUUCAGUGGUCUCACAUCACUCUCUCAUCUAGCUCUUGGGGCCAACCCUCUGUACUGUGAUUGUAACCUGCGCUGGCUGUCCGAGUGGGUGAAGACAGGCUACAAGGAGCCAGGUAUAGCCCGUUGCACCGGACCAGAGGACAUGAAUGAAAAACUUCUGCUAACAACACCCACAAACAAGUUCCAGUGCAAAGAUCCAUUGAACAUUGCAAUAACAGCCAAGUGCAACCCAUGCCUGUCCAAUCCUUGUAAAAACAAUGGAACCUGUAAUAAUGAUCCUAUUGACUUCUACAGAUGUACCUGCCCUUAUGGGUUUAAGGGCCAGGACUGUGCUAUUCCAAUCAACGCCUGUAUCAACAACCAGUGCCAAAAUGGAGGAACCUGCCGUCUAGCUGAAGGAGAUAAACGUGGAUUCAGGUGCCUCUGCCCUCCAGGCUUUGAGGGACAGCUGUGUGAAGUAAAUCCUGAUGACUGUGACAGUAAUGACUGUGAAAAUAAUUCCACGUGCGUAGAUGGAAUUAACAACUAUGCCUGCCUUUGCCCACCCAAUUACACAGGUGAGCUUUGUGAAGAGGUCAUAGAUUAUUGUCUUCCAAAGUUCAACCCCUGCCAACAUGGCUCCAAAUGUGUCUCAAGGGACAGGAAGUACAGGUGUGAGUGUUUGCCUGGUUACACUGGCCAGAAUUGCCAAACUAAUUAUGAUGACUGUGUGGACAACAGGUGUCGGCAUAGUGCCCAGUGUGUUGAUGCCAUUAAUGGUUAUACCUGUGUCUGUCCCACCGGCUUCAGUGGACUGUUCUGUGAAAUCCAGCUUCCCAUGGUCCUGCCCCACGCCAGUCUCUGUGACAACUACGACUGCCAGAAUGGUGCUCAUUGCAUGGAGGUACAAAAUGAGCCUGUCUGCCGGUGCCUGGCCGGCUUCGCAGGCCAGAGGUGCGAGAAGCUGGUCACCGUCAACUUUGUCGGGAAAGAUUCUUACGUGGUGCUGUCGGCCUCCGAAGUCCGCCCGCAAGCAAAUAUCUCACUUCAGGUUGCAACUGACAAGGACAAUGGUCUAUUACUCUACAAAGGCGACAACGAUCCCUUGGCUCUAGAACUUUAUCAGGGGCAUGUACGACUCAUAUAUGAUGCAUCAAGUUAUCCACCUACCACUGUGUACAGUGUGGAGACGAUCAAUGACGGGCAGUACCACACUGUCGAGCUGAUGAUGAUGAACCAAUCACUCAGUCUGGUGGUGGACAAAGGAAUCCCCAGGAGUCUGGGCAAGCUCCAGAAACAGCCGACCCUGAGCCUGAACUCCCCGCUCUACAUCGGAGGAAUCCCCCCAGUGUCAGGGGUAGCAGGACUCCGCCAGGGUCCCGAACGGAACCUCAACGGCUUCCAUGGCUGCAUUCACGACGUCAGGAUCAACAACGAGCUGCAGGAUUUCAGGAGCUUGCCAACGAUGCCCCUGGGCGUCUCUCCAGGAUGCAGGUCAUGCAACAUCUGCAGACAUGGCCUGUGCAGAACCAUCGACCAAUCCAGCAUCACGUGCGAAUGCCACACUGGAUGGACAGGCCCUCUGUGUGACCAAGAAAUCAAAGACGUCUGCGCCAACAAAUGUGUUCAUGGGACGUGCGUGGCAUCUGAUUCCAGCUACCGCUGUGUGUGCAAGGACGGCUUUGUUGGCAGGUUUUGUGACAAGGACAAGAUGAUGGUCAGUUGCCAGAAUCUGAAGUGUGACCACGGCCGUUGUAAGAUCUCCGGGAAGGGGGAGCCAUACUGUGAGUGUGAUACCAACUUCACGGGCGAAACUUGUGAAACAGAGCUCCUUUGUCAGAAGGAAAUGAUCCGCGAUUUCUAUCGCAAACAACGAGGAUACGCCUCAUGCCAAACCACGGUUAAGGUGCCUCGGCUGGAGUGCAAGGGCAGCUGUGGCAUCAGUGAGUGUUGUGUGCCAUUGCGGAGCAAGCGACGGAAAUACGUUUUCCAGUGCACGGACGGCUCCUCCUUCGUGGAAGAUGUGGAGCGGGUUGUUGACUGUGGCUGUGCGAGUUGUUCCUUGUAGGGACCCAAAGCAAGAGAAAGAUUCAGAGCAGCGAGCGCCUGCAGAAAGAGUUGGGCCCAUUAACUGUCAUAGUGGACCAAAAAGAAAUGCAAAUAUAUUGUAAGAUAACAAAUAGAACCUAUUUUUAUUAUUAAAAAAGGACUAUUUUCUUCAGUUAUUACUAAAUAUAUUACAUCACCUGGGUAUAUGUAUCAUACUGUGUUCCCUGUGCAAGAUAUUUUUCUUACUAUGUUUUUAACCUAACAGGAGUUCAGAAAACUCAUCCCUUUGGUUGUUGCAAAAAUGUUUCAAGGGGCUAGUUUCCCUCCGUCAAAAUUUGCCUUGCGAGGUUUGAGCCUUUUGAAGAAGUUGAAACAUUGGUGACAACCAAAAUAUCAAGAGGAACAUCAGCAAACACCAGUUGGCUUUUGGUGUUGUUACACCCUCAGCUGCAACCUCUGUACUUCAUGAUAAGGAUCCACCAGGGGACCUACCUACUUCUGUGUCACUGUCAAUGUACUGCAAAUUCAUAUUCUCUGGAUGCCCACUGUUAACAAGAGUGGAGGGAACCCAGCAAUAUAGCACAGUGUGAGGAGCACACUACAGUUAGACAUCAUUGUUAUAAAGUUUCUGCAGGAUCCCAGUGCAUCAGUAAGUUUGAUAAUUGGGUUGAGUGCAUUGCACAACCCCGAUUAUACACCAACAGCAUUAGUUCAGUAUAAAGUAUAGGGCAGCCAUCUGAUCCUGCGAUGGAAAAUUUUAAGCCCAAUGUAAUGCAUCACAUGGAAGCCAGUACCAUACACAAUUGAUGGAAGUUUAGACACGAUUUGCAAAAGCCUGUAUAGUAUGCACUGGACUGCUGGAAACAGUAACUUCCUGCGUCACACAACAGAGUUUAUGUUGGAAAUUUCCACCCACCACAUAUCCAAAACAGGACAAAGCCCAAAAUAAAGAAAAUUAGCCACAAAUAAGACUGCAUUUGCACCUUAAAUGGUUUGCUUGUUACCUAUGCAUGCUCCAACAUUAGGGUUUGAACACCACCUUAAAGAUGUUUCCUGUUUCUCCCAAAACCAGUUAAUCAUUAGCUUUUCAUCUUUGACAUGUAUAACAGAACGUCUAGACUUGAGGCUCCUGUCCCAGCUCAAAUGGUCCUUCAGCAGAUGGAAAUCCUCUUUAUCUGUGAGAAAGUAUUAGAUCAUUAGAUCACACCAUUCUUGACAACUCUUAAUUCUGAUAGUCAUUAUACACACACCACAUCAGGAAGUUACAAGUUAUUUGCACUGAAAUUGGAUUUGGUGUAUUUUGUAGCAUGCACAAAAGCAAUGUACGACUUAAUUAUACUCUCUGAUGACUGAAGUAUUUAUUAAUUUUCCGUCUGACGUGUCCCCCAAAUCUGAUAUCUAAACUAUCUCCCAUGUACCAACCCCUCUUCCACAUAUCUUCCCAGGAGAUUUUGAAUGUCUGAUAUUUGGCUUCUCAGUGAAGAUGAUUUAUUGCUCAUCAAGUCAAACUCAGCUCUCCGAGGCAUUGGUUUAGAAACGCUGAGCAUAAAUAUUUAAGUGGAGAGGUAGACAAUGGUAGAACAUUAAACGAUGUGACUUGGUGCACGUACACAGAAGGUGAUGGAUGAUAAACAGGUGUUCUCCAAAAAUCUGUUAAGAAAAUAAGUAAUGAAUUAGGCACAAGAAGGAAGGAUUAAAGUGACAGAACCUCCAUUUCAUUCUCCCCCAUAUAUUUUUGUCUCCUUACAGGAUUCUUCUACACAAAGCUUUCCUUUGAUGUUCUAGACUUGCCUAUGCUUUUGUUUACCCAGUGAUGGUCAACCAACACUCAAAAGAGAGAUCAUUACUUUUAAGUCUAGAGCUCUGUGCUAAUUGAAACAAGACACCACAGCUCUCUAAUAAACACAACUGCCCAUGAGGUGUGCCAUUAUCUCAGGGUGAGUGGAGCUCGGGAAUUCUCCACAUCAUUUGGGGGAAAAAAAAUGACAAAAACAUAUAAUGGGAAAAGGAAAACAAAACAGUGUGUGCAAGAUUCAUUUGGUGCCUUGUAUUUAUCUGAGAACUGCAGUAUUUACCCAAGUGCUUUAACUGUCUGCCCACUUAUGCUGUAUUAACCCAAGUGCCUUAAGUCAACCACAUGCCUUACACAUUAACUUGAGGACCUUACAUUGAAUUGAAUGCUUCCCUGAGGAUUUGAUUGCAUUGAACAUUAAUCUGAAGUCCUGAGUCAACUCAAUGCAUUAUAUAAUAGCCCAAGGGCCUCUGGUUCAUUGAAUGUCUCAUAGGUAAACAUAAGGGCUUCACAAGUACCUCAUCUGUUAAGGAGAGGGCUUUGCAGUCAACCCAAAUGCCUUAUAAAUUUAUAUUGAGUAUCUUACAGUCAAAUGAAUGCCAUGUAUAUUAACCUCAGUACCUUCACAUAAUAAAGCACCUUAAAUGCUCAAGAGGAAAGUAUGAGACAUAGUGCUGUAGAUUUUCAUAAAGAAAAUGGCAGAGGUGUUUUAAGUUUAAGGGAAACCAUAACAACUAACUUUAUUGUCAACCAAACACAGAACAUAAAGUGCAGUAAAAAACUUCAUGUCAUUAUGUCAUCACGUCAGACUCUUAAAGUGAGCCCCAACUCAAUAUUGGUGGUUGUGAAUUAUGCAUAUGAUUAUGCCCCUUACAUUGCCCUACUGUACUGUACACAGCUUCUGCACCGUUGAAUGGGACAAUCAUCAGUUCACCCACUCUCAGUGAAUAGUACUUCUAGCAUGAAAUUGAUUCCCAAUUGGCAGAAUACAUUACUUCUGUAAGCAGUAAAUAUUGCCUUGAGGCUUAGAAACCAAAGGGAAUUGAGGUGGGUCUUGAUGGCAGGCAAACACCAAGGUGUUUAUAGUCUUUGUGAAGAAUAGCUUCCAUUCUAUACCUUCGAGGAAGUCUGGUUACAAUAUGGUAAGAAAACAUGAACAACUAUAUUUAAUGGAAGACAUAUUUUUCCACUUUCCUUACUGAUUAGCUCACAGUAUAUGACCUAUAUGUAUGACAAUACUUGAGCCUGUAGAGCAGAGGUGCUGUAGAAAGUUCAUGCAAAGACCCUGACUGAUUCACUCUGUUUGACGAUGUAUUCAAGGAAGUAAGCCUCUGACCAUUUUACAGAUUGCAGGUGCUUAACCCUUUAUCUUUGUUUUACAAAAAUAUGUACAUUUUUAUGUUAUAUAUUUUGUGAAAUGCUACUAUGUCUUGUACAAAAAAAUUAAAGUGU